AUGGCGAAUCCCCCAUACCAGCUGUCGCUGCAGACAUCAGAGCCGACGCCCCCUGCACAAGUCCCCACAUCAAGUCUUACGCCGCCCGUAACCCCAAUAGCAAAAGAGAGUCGCCAAAGUUCAUUCCAGGACAUUCAGCCGUCUCAAUCGCUCUCUGCUCCCAAACCCGAUGUCAGCACCCCACAAUACUUCACCAGCGACCUCGAAAUCAUACACAACGGGGACAAUCGCCCUAUCGAAUUCGGCCGCGGCGCAUGGAGCAUAGUAUACAAAGCGCGCUCAACAUCAAGCGCCAAACCCAGCACCAGCACCAACACCAGCAACCCAUCAACACCCCCAAGCUCCCCAGUCUCAACAGCCCGCAUUCUAGCCGUAAAGGCGCCCGUGCGGCACGAUGCCCGCCCAGUCCUGGAAGCCGAAGCCCUAACUCUAACCCGCCUCACCCUCACCGCGGGCCACGAAUCCUACAUCGUACCCUUCCACGGCAAACACACAGACCUAGGCGGCCUGGUUAUGACCGCCAUCCCGCUGGCUCUAUCAACCUACAUAGAAGACCAAGCCGACAUCGCUCGCUCCCGCCAACCAGCCACGCCGACAAUGUUCGACCCCGUCCAAGGUCCAGCCUCGUACAAAGAUCUAGCCCGCAAGCUAAUCUCAGGCUUGAACUGGUUGCACCAAGUAGCGGGGAUGGUGCACGGCGAUAUCAAGCCACAUAAUAUCCUCCUGCGCCCAGUCGACGCAAACGAGAGUACCAGCGCAUUCCCAUUCGAGCCCUUAUUCGCGGAUUUCUCGUCCGCCGUCGAAAUCCCCAAUGAUCCCGCUAUCCCUCUUGAUACAACGCGCGCAUCCAUGUCCGCGUUUACACCGCCGUUUACCGCACCUGAGAUGUUGGCUUCGUUGACCUCGGGUGAUAUUGCGCCGACGCCUGCGUCGGAUGUGUUUUCGCUUGCGGCUACGCUGCUUGCUGCUGCUACCGGCGAUUUGUUGUUAUAUCCCGGUACGAGUAACAUGCAGCGGCUUGCCAUGGCUAGGCAGGGGCAUCAGAUUGUUGAUCUUACGCGGUCUGGGUCGAGUGGGCAUCGUGUUCCUCGGAAUGGGUUUGUUGAGGGGCUUGUUAAGCCGGCCGUUGUUAAGGAUCCUGCUUCGCGGAUUUCGACGGUCGAUUGGGUUGAUCUUGCUUCUUCUUCUUCUUCUUGA